CAAUUUACAGAUGGCGAGACAAAGCAGGGGGCACCAUCGGGUAGUUUCGCAACUUCAUCAUAGAUCAUUAUAAUUCAAUCAGCCGAGGUCUGUUCAAAUAAAAUUUUUCUGAGAGUUACAGACCGAAGGACGGAUCCAUGUUUCAUAGCACGGUGCUGUUCGUUGUUGCACAGUUGACACCCACGUGCGAACGAAACCGUGCACACAAAAAGGGACUGGCACCUCGUGUGGGCACACAGAAGGAACAACUCUGACAGCGGUGUGUUCAAGUCGUCGUCUCGUUGAAUUUUUGAGGUCGUCACGCAGAUGAAGUCCUGGUUGCCACAGGUGGUAAUCAGUUCCGAGGAUGUCCAUCUCGGCAGGAAUAGUCAUCUUUGAGGGUAAAUUCCUCCCGGAAGUCGUCCGAAAUGGGCGGAAGUACGUUCCGGUGGACGCAGUUGUGAAUGUGCUGUUUCCCCGGGUGCCGAGCCACGUGGACCCGUUCGACAUCUUCAGGGAGCUCGGCGGGCAUACCGGAGUUCAACAGCACAUAGCGUCCUGGCCAGAAACUCGAGUGUUGCAGAACAUUCAGGGUAUUUCGCACGGGAAACCACGGGAAGGGACCUUUCCCCUCGUCUUGCUUGACGAUUUGAAACUGUGUUACCCUGAACUAUGCCGAAUCUGUAAGAGAUACGGUAGCAAAGUCGACAAAGCGCGCGAGGAAGAUGGCCGUCAAACUAUGCAAGCCGAAGAUCGGGACGGUUACAGAAACAGAGACAGUAAAGAAACACGAACGAAACAGAAAACCGAUCUUUUGACCACGAACAACCACAGUGGCAGGGGAGAAGCUUCACCGUCGACGGACCCCCUAAAAGCUUCCAGAAUCGCUAGUGUGGAACAAAAGGUCAAGUCUGGGGAGAGAAGGUGUAGGACAGAUGUCAAGAAGGUUGACGCAGCUGUUGACACACCUCAUGAACAAUCUGACGGUUUCAAAAACAGGGGGGAGAGUAGCAGAAACAAGAGCCACCUUAACCCUUCGUCUCUAAAAAACAACGCUUGCUAUACCGAUUACAGGGGAUGGGUAGUCAUUGACCAGGUUACUGCGGAAAGUGAGUGCUCUUCCGUGCUGACAUUAGAAAGUGGCAAGACAAAAAAUGACAGACACUGCCAUCCCGCCGAUACUAAUCCGGUUUCAAAUAAUGCAUGUUCCCAUGAAGAACCUCAGAAAGGCCAUAUCAGGGAUCUCACAGACCAACAGGAAGAGAGCCCGGAGGAAUUCACUUCUCAGCAUACUUCACCACGCCUUCAUUGUCCACCAACUGGUGUGGCCCCAUGCAGUGUCGGCAUGCAUAAAAGCCCUUUGUGUACAACACCAACAACAUGUGGCGGACCGCAGGAGCACGAAGAAAGCAGUGAUCCAGCCGUAGAAGUUUGCCCAGUCAGCCCACACGCCAACCAGAAUCCCGACGCUUCAGUGGAUGAAACUGGCAGCAGUUGUCAGACAGAGGAGAACAGUGCGGUGGGAAAUCGAUCCGUCCAAGGGGAGACGCCGAACAUCAGAGCAGAUGAAUAUAUACUGGAGAAAAUAUCCCCUGACCCAAAGGGCAACAUUAGCGUAACAAAAGUCGAGGAACCACAGGGGUCAACCACUGAUGAGUUGCAUGAUCGUGGGAACCAAAUGACAAACAGUAGUGCGACAAUGGCCUCCUCUAUGCAGUCGCCCAGGCGUGAACUGGACUUGCCUCAUCAGCAUACCAAAGCUGACAAAAAAGACACCAGUAUCAACUCAAGCACAGUUUCAGAGAGCGACAUACCACCAACAACUGGGAUUCAGCGAGACAGAAACUUGUGGUCAUCGCUGGAAAUGUUAGACUUAUUUGGUCGCCCACCUGCUGGUAACAUCGAAGAUGUUGGUGGAUCAGCUAGACCGGCGGGGAAGGGUUGCACCAUUCAUGAAAACAUUGCUGUUCACAACAACGGCGUGACCCCACCAGAUCUGUCACCCCCGAGGAGUAGAGUAGAAAUUUCACGAAGUUCUAAAAUGGCUUCAGCACACUGCCUCCACAAGGACUUGAGUCGCGCGACCGACCUAAAAGUUCCAGAAAAAGACACUGUAAGCAUGGGGACAACAGCGGGAAGACGAGAUGUUAGGGGAACAACAAGCAGCACUACAGCUUCUGUCGAGGUGACUGGAAAUGCGGAGAAGACAGAACUUGAUGCAGUCACUAGUCAUCGCCCCGCCAGCCGCCUCGGGGGCAAGGAUACCGCUAUUGCGACAGAAACACCCUAUAAUCAGUUAAAGCAGGUCAGAAUUGAGCCUACAGACUGCAAGGGGUCUACGGAUGACACCGAGGAGGAAAGUAUUGGAUUGGUAAUGGAGUGCGUUCCAGAGCCAACGUUCACCAAAGCCAGGUUCAAAGUACCACAAGAAAACACAAACAAUACAUUCAAAACGGUCAAGGGGGAAGAUCACACUACACCAAAACGAUGUCAAGUUACGCCUGGUUCAACAUUAGAGAGUCCCCAUCACGAUCAACCAAACCGAGAUCAUGUUUGCAAGACACCAACACCAAGUAAGAAGCUCGUGGCUACGACAUCACCCCCUCUUUUGGAAAGUAGUGCUGCUGAACAUAUGGACGAAGGGACAACAAGAUGCGGAUCUACAACACAGGAUGCUGUGGAGACUGAACAUCCGAUACUGACGAACCUUUUGAAGGAGCCUGAAUAUCCGGUAUUGACGACCCUUUUAGAAAAGAGCACACCGAGUGAUGGUAAACCAUCAUUAGGUACCACGCCUCCAUCAACAAACCGUCCCCUCAGGUCAACAGACGAGCAACCAGAAGCCCUACAUCCUGCUGCCACACGGAAACCCGCGGAAAGUGGAGCUCCGAAAGCUGCGCAAUUCGGGAAAUUACGCCUCAACAAGAAGGACAUGGACGUUGUACAAGUGGGUACAACCUUCUAUUGCCGAGCGACCGCCGUCAGCACCGGCGUACCGAGCUUUACCUCCAGCAUGCUAAAGAAGCUGUGUCCGAUUUUCGGCGUCCACUUCAUCAGCGUUGAUCAGGUAGGCGCGGAUGUUAUGUCCUGCUUUGAGUCGCUUGGCUACUCGCAGAUUCGAUGCCUUAACGUCCUAAAAGCUCGCAUCUGGAGACUGUUUGCGUUGCUGUCAUUCCUCGAAACGGCCUUUUGUCAAGUUGACAGGAAGGAGAGGCCCACCAUGGAAAGGGCAGUAAGCCAAGCGAGAGAAGCAAUGUCGCACAAGGUGAUGAUCAACAACGAUCUCGUACAUCAUAGUCAUGCACUGAUGAUAUACUACCGAAGCGGUGGAGCCUAUAUUCCUCUUAAAGAAUUUCAGCAAGUCUACCCUAGGGUAUCUCUCGAUUGCUUGAACGAAAUGUGCGAUGAGCUGAACAUCACAGUUGGUUUGGCCCCGCCAGCCGUGUUGAGAUCAAUCGGUCACACAAUAAUUACGUCAUCAUUACCAUCUAUGGAUCUCCAUGACUUUAAAGUCGUCACGGUGCCGCUGGAUUUACGGGACUUAUCCAAACUCCUCCUGCGAAUAGAGAGCAACCCCGGGCCCAGACUUCAAUGUCCACAACCGUCGACGGAGGAGAAUCCAGUUGCCUCACAUGCAGUGAAAACUGAAGAUACGAGUGAUCACCUGGCCGCCAAAUUCCAAUGUCCACAGCCUUCGAUGGAAGAGCGUCAAGCUACACAGACAGAACAAAUGGAAGUUGCUAAUGAUCGUUUGACCAGCACACACCAAUGCCCAGAACCUUCGAUGAAGAAGGUGGUUGCCACGCCAGCAACAACUGAUCGUAUAGCUGGGUCCAGGUUGGUUGGCAACACCAAAGAGGGCGUAGUAGGCAAGUCUAUUGGUCAAGCAAGCAAAGCGACAGCAAGUGCUUCCUCUGAUACAAAUACAAGUUCAACGGUCUUGAGGAAACAUGGUCUCACCAAUAUUGGUGUAGAAACAUAUUCGUCUAACCGCAUGGGUGGUAGGUGUGGAUCCCUGCGAAUGUUACGUGUGUCCCCUUCGCCACCAAUUCUCUCCGAGAAACACACUUCGGAUGGCCACGUUGGACCUUCUGAUGCCAAUUAUGCAGUAUCUACAGCGCCGUCAUUGGAGACGGUCCAAAAGAAUUAUAGCCAACGUGUUGACAUCAAAGGAUCGACAGAGAGUCUGGAGAAGCUGUCAAACUGCGCUAAGUCCCCUACUGCAGCAGAAACUGGUCAGCCUUCAGGGCCACACGGAGUAGCUAGUGACAGCCAAAUGGAUACGUUACCAUCUGCUACUGAAAUCAACCACGUAAACACCGCAGCUGCGCCAUCUACUUCUAACGGUUCGAAAACGACCACGGCUGGUGUGACAGUCCUGCGUUGUCCCGUUCCGGAACCCUGUGGUGAACCCUGCGGUACUACCGCUGAACCACACAAAGUAACGGUCGCGACAAAUUCAAUGGUCGGUAUCAUAACUCAAGACAAGGCAGAGGAUCCGCCGCGACACGAAGUCAGGUAUUGUCACAAAGGUGUUGUAGACAUCGCUCAGCGAAAUCCAACAACCAAGGAUUUGCUUCGCUUCCUUGAAGUUACACAGCAAGCACCAAACCAACCUGAGGAGAUGCCCGGCGUGCCGAGUACGUAUAGGGAUAAAGAGACACCCGAAGCAGACGAGUCAUCAGCCGUCCUUGAUCUAACGGUUAGUAAAGUGACAGUUCCCACCGCGGUUACCGAGACGAGCUUGAGAAAGUAUACUUACCAGUGCCAAGAAGGAAGAACGGGGCCUUAUAAAUAUGGGAAACUCAGAAAAGGUGACAGCGUUGUUGCAACUUUAGAGCACAGACGUCGUAUUUUCGUAACGAUUGAUGAUUUCAAACGUUUGACCAAUUGGAAAGGGCCUAUUGAUACUACUUGGUGUAGGAGGUUUGGUUUUGAUUUGUUCUCUGACGAAUCCAGACCUGGUGGUAUCCUGCUUGGCUGUGACUUGAUCAAGAUAGGCAGUAGGAGAGAAGCACCUGAAGAUGCAUCAACGAAGGAAUCAACUCCAGAUGCGUUACAUUCCGAAGCGCAUGGACAUAACACGAACCACGCAUGCAACGAUGCAACAAACAGGCACGCAGUGGGUACAGGGGAAAAGAUACCACCUAAGCAAUCUCAGCAACACAUCAAAUCGGAGACAGGUGUGUCAACUUGUGCGUAUGAAGAAAAUGUCUCUAGCUCUUCAGAAGUAGAAAACACGACCAGACAGCAAGGAGACAGCAGACCUCGGUAUUCAUCCCAGGCUCGGGUCACGUCGCAAAUCCCAAGCAUGCCUCCAGGUCACCCAGCGACCGUGGGAGAGCUGCGUCCGGCCGCUCCCCCACUCAAUCACCUUGAUGAGGUCCAGACUUACACAGGGACCGUUGGAAAGUCGGCUUUCCCAUCACCGGCCAAUCCAGCUGCCUUUGGUCCACCGAAUGGCAUUCCUGCAGGCGCCCCUGGGAAGCGUAAGGCCACUCCUCCCCUCCAUCACGUAAAUGUCCAGGCUGUCUCACGGGCCGCUGAAGAAUCGGUCUCUUCAUCACCGCCAAACUCUGUUGCCUCUUGUCCACCGAAUGACAUUCUUACAGGCGCCGUUAAUAGGAAGCGUAAGGCAUCGCCGAUGGAAGGGGUAUUUUCUUCGAAAAGGAAGUCUCCGGUUUGGCCGAUUGAGAAUGCCGUUCAGCAGCAGCGUGGACAACGCGAAGAGUCAACCAACACUGACCACGUGAGACAAGCUGUGAAUGCUACUCGCGACAGUGAUGCCAUCUACAAGGAAAAUCACAUGAGGGUGCAAUUGAGAUGGGAACACUGCGGCUUUGUUGACGGAGUUCCUAAAGAUAAAACCCAUGAAAUGUUUCCCGUGGUGACAGUUUACGGACAUAUGAAGGUUGCCCUUGCUUCGGACAUCGUGAGUCUCUUUCCUUACGUCAAUCUCACAGACUUCAUGCGGGCGGUAGGACAGCUAAAGCUGAGAAUUUGCGCUUGCCCCCCAUCCAUAAGGCAGCUGUUCCUUCAAGCGGGAAAAAACGAAGCAUCGUGCGCAACUGUCAUAAAGUUAGCGGACAGUGUUUUCUCCACUGCAAAGUUGUUAAGCCAGUGUUUCUCCCAACAGGGUUGUCAUAUGUUACCAAAUGAGAACGCUCCCAAUGUUAACAACGGUACAGACUCCACAAUCCAGCCUCUACAGCUGUCAAGCACCGGAUACCGUAAUAACGAAGUGCCUAAUGGUCACGCGCCGUCUUCAACACCGAAUAGUUCCGGAAGGCCAAACGUGAACUAUUCGUCUGUAGUACCUAUAUCCACCGCCAGUGCUCCAAGUCUACUCGGUAGCCCGGAGAAUAAUAAUGACAUAAAGAUUGUGGCCGUGCAGAGUCUUGCUACGGGAGAAUUUUACAAUAUGACAGGGAGACAACAAACGAUGCCUAUCGAGGGGAUGCAUGGCAGUGCCCAGCGGGUCAUGUCGCAGCAUAGGCAGUCUCGCAUACCGACCGAACCGUUUCAACCUCCAACAGCGGCCAGUGUGAGAAUGGAGUCGGCCCAGAGGCCGUAUCAGCAUCCUGUGAGCACCUUCCAGCAAUCGCACUACCCCCCUCCCCCUCCUCCAUACCAAACCAACACCAGUGCGACUUCCGUCAUUCAGGCGUGGGCACAAAUGAGAAGGGUUGAGGAUUGGCAACAACAUGCAUUUGAGAGGAAUCGUCAGCCGUCAGAAGUACCGGGGGUAGGGUACACGGCCCAGAUGUACUCAGGAUUGCGAACUGGUUGGGAUCAUUGAACGACCCUUCUGAGAAUAGGUGUCACGUUUUACCUCAUUAAUUCUACCACCUAAGUACCUAUGCAUGUACGCCGAGAUGCUUCGUAUCGACUGUUGCUGUUUUGAGAGUUCAAGAUAUCUCAUAUUGCUGUAGCUAUAGUGAAAUGUUGAAAUGUAUUUUGUGACAUAAGAUGUGUUUGCCUAAACGAGUUCGCUUAUUUCAAGCCUGAGGCUGGAAACAUCAAACAAAAAGAUUAUUAUUCUCGAAAACAUUCCUUUCUCUUGUUAUACAUUGGUUGCAUUGACAUUUAUUUAUGUUUAUCCUUGUUUAUUUCUUAUAUUAGAUGUAGAUUGGAGGUUAUCGUAGAUGUUUCGACGUCGUUUGAAUAAACAGCUUAUUGCUCUCAUA